AUGGCCUCCAACCUGAACAACGACAGCGAUCCCCACCGCCAAACUUGCCUCGUCCCCUACAUCAACCCGGACACUGCACCCCAGGAAAUUCAGGAUCGUCUCAAAGUCCUCCCCUUCCGCCGCAACAUCCUUCUCGUUCUCGCCCACUCCCAGGGUCUAUUCCCCCACCUCAGUUGUCUACUGGGGGCCUGUUUCGACAGCAAGCAGCGGAAGCUCUCGCUCUUCGACUGGCAACUGGUUGUGCUGCGAGUGUCUCAUGUUCUCGAUGCGAAGUACGAGUGGGAUGUCAACGCCCCCGUGGCCGAGGCAUUCGACUUUCCUCCGAAGAAGCUCGAGGCCAUUGGGGGCUUGGCUCAGGAUGUGGUUGAAGGAAGGGGACCAUGGAGUGAGCGCGGACGGGUGGUCUUGAGGCUGGUACAUGAGCAGCUGAAGGGGUUUGCCAAUGAGCAGGAGACUGUGAAGGAUGCUCUGCAGCUCUUGGAUGUGGACGAAGUAGUCGAGGUGCUGGUCAUGACUGGGACCUAUGCGAUGCUGGCCAGGGUGAUGAAGGGGCCGCAGGUUGACGAUGAUGGGUUCAUUCCGGGCUUUGAGAAGAAGAUCAAGAGUGCUGUAUCGUAG